CGUAAAUUUAACCAUUUGAUAAACAUGGCGAGCCUCGCAGAUGUCGGAUGGAAACUUAUGGAAUUUAAAGCCCGAUCCAAAAGAUCAGAUUUGUGAUUUUUCUUGGAGACGAAUGUUAAUUCACCUUUUUGAGCAUGACUGAAACAAUGGCCACAAAUGCACGGGCCCUCCGCAAAAUCCGGAGAAUCGGCUCCAUUUAUGAACCACUGAAGCUGUCCAUUCUACAGCGUGAUGAUGAGCCCUUGUGGGAAAAGUUAGAUCGCUAUUACAAUGCUGUUAAAACAACUAUUCUGAACUACCAGAGUCCUACUACAGGUCUGUUCCCAGUGAAGACAUGCUCCACCUGCAAAGAGGCCAAGGUGCGGGACUCUCUGUACUGUGCUGCUGGGGCAUGGGCUCUGGCAUUGGCCUACAGACGUAUCGAUGAUGACAUGGGCAGGACUCACGAGCUGGAGCACUCUGCUAUCAAAUGCAUGCGAGGGAUCCUCUACUGCUACAUGAGACAGGCCGAUAAGGUGGAGCAGUUUAAACAGGACCCCAGCCCCUCCAAAUGUCUGCACUCAGUCUUCAAUGUGGACACCGGAGAUGAGGUCUACACAUAUGACAAAUACCACCACCUACAGAUUGAUGCAGUGUCCCUGUUCCUUCUCUACCUGGUGGAGAUGAUAUGCUCGGGUCUGCAGAUCAUUUACAACACUGAUGAGGUAUCUUUUAUCCAAAACCUGGUGUUCUGCGUGGAGAGGGCCUACCGUGUUCCAGACUUCGGCAUGUGGGAGCGGGGCAGCAAGUACAACAAUGGCAGCACUGAGCUUCAUUCCAGCUCCGUGGGGCUGGCUAAAGCUGCUCUGGAGGCCAUCAAUGGAUUCAACUUGUUUGGCAACCAGGGCUGCUCAUGGUCGGUGAUAUUUGUGGAUUUGGACGCCCACAACAGGAACCGGCAAACACUGUGCUCCCUGUUGCCCCGGGAGUCUCGCUCACAUAACACAGAUGCAGCUCUGCUUUCGACGAUCAGCUACCCCGCCUUUGCCGUAGACGAUGAUGCACUUUACAGCCAAACACUGGACAAGAUAAUUCGAAAGCUGCGCGGCAAGUACGGUUUCAAGAGAUUCCUCCGGGAUGGCUACCGCACUGCCAAUGAGGACAAGAACCGCCGCUACUACAAACCUGCUGAGAUGAAGCUUUUUGAUGGAAUCGAGUGCGAGUUUCCCAUAUUUUUCAUCUACAUGAUGAUUGACGGUAUCUUCAGAGGCAACAAGGCCCAAGUCAAAGAGUACCAGGAGCUGCUUGAACCUAUCAUCUUCCACUCAAAUGAAGGCCACGCCAUCAUCCCCAAAUACUACUACGUCCCAGCAGACUUUGUGGAGGCAGAACAAAACAAACAUGGCAGCCAGAAGCGUUUCCCUAGCAACUGCGGACGUGACGGAAAGGUCUUCCUCUGGGGUCAAGCGCUGUUCAACAUUGCCAAACUGCUGGUGGACGAGCUAAUUAGCCCGAAAGAUAUCGACCCCAUUCACCGCUAUGUGCCGCGGCAGGACCAGCGCAACGUCAGCAUGAGAUACUCCAAUCAGGGUCCUAUAGAAAAUGAUGUGGUGAUUCACGUCGCCCUGAUCGCAGAGAGCCAGAGACUGCAGGUAUUUCUGAACACUUACGGCAUCCAGACCCAGACGCCGCAACAGGUGGAGCCCAUACAGAUCUGGCCCCAGAAGGAACUGGUCAAGGCGUAUCGUUUCCUGGCGGUCAAUAACAAGCUGGGGCUGAGUGGGCGCCCUGAAAGGCCUGUGGGCUGCAUAGGUACCUGCAAGAUUUAUCGCAUCCUGGGCAAGACGGUGGUGUGCUACCCAAUAGUCUUUGAUCUGAGUGACUUCUACUUGUCCCAGGAUGUUAUGCUCCUGAUUGAUGACAUUAAGAAUGCUUUACAGUUCAUCAAACAGUGCUGGAAGAUGCAGGGACGUCCCUUGUUUCUGGUCCUCAUCCGCGAAGAUAACAUCAAGGGAAGCCGCUUUAAUCCCGUUCUGGACAUGCUGGCGUCCUUCAAGAAGGGGGUCAUUGGUGGGGUCAAAGUUCAUGUUGACAGACUGCAGACCCUGAUUUCCGGAGCAGUGGUGGAGCAGUUGGAUUUCCUACGGGUCAAUGAAGCAGAGAUCCCAGAGUUUAAAAGCUUUGAGGAGUUGGAGCUGCCGAAACACUCGAAAGUGAAGAGACAGACAAGUACCCCCAAUGUGUCCGACCUGGAGCAGCAGCCUGAGAUCAGCGUGGAAGAAUGGAUUCACAGGCCCACUCACGAGAUUCUGCAGAAGUUCCAUGAUUGUGACUGCUUAGCCAGUCAGGCUCAACUUGCCGGAUUAAUCCUUCAAAGAGAAGGCCCAGGCUUUCUUGCCAAAGAUGUGGGGCUGAUGGACGAGCUGGAGAGGAUCUACAGGAGGGCCGGCAGCAGGAAGCUUUGGUCUGUUGUCCGCCUUGCUGCCAGUCUCUUAACUAAGCUAGUGGACAGCCUUGCCCCCAGUAUUACUAGUAUAUUAGUGCAUGGCAAGCAGGUGACCCUGGGCUUAUUCGGCCAUGAAGAGGAGGUGAUUUCUAACCCAUUGUCACCAGGAGUGAUCCAGGGCAUCAUCUACAGCAAAUGUGCCCCUCACGGCGGCCAGAGAGAGGCCGUUCUUCAGCAAGAGCUGGUCAUACACAUCGGAUGGAUCAUUUCCAACAACCCUGAGCUAUUCAGCGGCAUGCUUAAGAUCAGGGUUGGGUGGAUAGUACAGGCCAUGAAACAUGAGCUGAAGAUCCGAGCAGGUGACAUGCCUCCACAGGACAUCUACCAACUGUCCCCCAGUGACAUCAAACAGCUGCUGCUGGACGUGCUGCAGCCACAGCACAGGGGCAGGCCCUGGCUCAACAGAAGACAGAUAGAUGGCUCUUUGAACAGAGUGCCCCUGGGCUUUUAUGACCGCGUGUGGCAAAUCCUGGAGAGGACUCCCAACGGGAUCAUGGUGGCUGGGACCCACCUCCCUCAGCAACCCACCCUGUCGGACAUGACCAUGUACGAGAUGAACUUCUCUCUGCUGGUGGAGGACACGCUAAAGAACAUCGUCUUACCCGAGUACAGACAGAUAAUAGUUGAGCUUCUGAUGGUAGUUUCCGUGCUACUGGAGAGAAACCCUGAGCUGGAAUUCACCGACAGGGUUGAUCUCGACGGUCUGGUAAAAGAAGCAUUUGCAGAUUUCCAGAAAGAUCGCAGUCGCUUCGAAGGAAUUGAAAAACAGGACAGCAUGGACUCCUUUUACAACACGCCCGCGGUGGGACAGAGAGGCACCUCCAGCUACCUGACCAAGGCCGUCAUGAUUCAGUUACUGCAAGGCGAUGUGAAGCCCUGCAAAGAUGACCCGUGCACUGUUAGCUAGAUUUAUCGCGCGCUGACCCCUAAUCCCAACCCGGCGCUGCAGUGGAGUCAUCAGACAGCCCAGAGAGGAUACAUAUAUUUAGAAGACGGCCUCCAACCUCUGCUUCCCACCCUCUGGCGUUAUUUUAUUUCUCUACCAUUUCAGCAGAAACUACUAGCUAUUUGCCGUUUUUCUUGUUACAUUUCUUAGUUGUACGUAAUUACUUUGUUGCCUUCGUUAUGUAAGUAGGGACUGACUUACUCAACAUUUAAGUUUAAAGGAUUUAUAUUACACCUUUUUCUGAUCUAUGUUGUAAUGUUGUUUCCUCUUCACAAACGUAUCUGGAUUUGUGUUUUGUUUCAUUCACAUUCUUAACACAAAUCCUGCAUAUUUAGGCUUGAGUUUUUCUCUCAAAACAAAAACACUCUGGUCCACCUUGUGAUGUCACGUGGUUAUUUAGGAUGUGCUCCACUGUAUUUUUAUACUCCAUACACCUUCACUAGAACCAUUUGGAUAAUUUUAGCCCUGGAAUUGGCUGUCUAUACUGAACAAAAGGUAAAAGGUAGCUGUUAACUUGAAAUCUACCACUACAUGACAUCACAAAGUGGAAAAAUCGGAGUUUUGAAGAUGUAAACAGACUAAUAAUAAUCCAGAAUUACUCAAACGUGUGUGAAUGAAACAAAACACAACUCUAGGGAUGAGGUAACAAUAUUCUAACAUGGCUCAAAGAUCACAAUUUUGCGUAAUAUAGGACCUUUAAUUAUGUUGUAAAUAGGUGGUUACUUUAAAUUCUAGAAUAGCAAUAACAACAUGCACUCACAGCAACUUCUCCUGUCUCAUUUGCAGUAAUUAAAUACAUGUUGAUAUUGCAGUUUUGAUUUUGUACCAGAUGCCCUUCCAUAUCCUCGCUGUCAUUGUGACUAGCGGCCUACUACUAAUAAAGCACUUAAUUUAACAAAUGCUGUUUUAGUCACCGUGAAUUAGCAGAGGUCUGUGUUUGUGUUUAGCCCAUCUAUUUUAGCUAAAAAUGCAGACUCAUUUUUCAGCACCGUGGUUGCCAGGUGCAAUGUCUAACACUGUACGAGGUGUACCAGCAAUCAGCUAUGUGGCUCAGAGGCCUCGAGCAAGCAUAUAUUGCCUGAAAUAGAAAGGUUUAAUAUUCAUAGCAUGAGUCAUUCUUGUGCGUGCUAAGUAUCGUGUUUGGUGAUAUAGGUUAUGUCAGAAACUAGUUGAAAGAUAAACACAUGUCUACUUUAAGUGUAUGUAUUAAAAGGUGCGCUAUGCAACUUUUUGUCUCUGUGGAGAUUUGAGUACUUUGCCUGGAAUGUUCUGCAGUAUGGCAUUAACCAUAUCUGUUUAUAAUAAAUACCUUAAAACAUGAAUUGUCACCUCUCCACACAUUUGACCUGUGCUUUAGACAGGUGGUGAUGUCGCUUCUCCUGCUUGUCUCCGUGUCCGUCUCGGACUUGAGGUCAAAGACUUGAGACUUACUUGAGACUUGCCAAACAAUGACUUGGUCCCACCUCUGGCUAUUGGUCAAAAAUACCUGUAAAAAAUAGAUUUGACCUUUAACUUCGACUUGUGCCGAUGUAGCGUCACUUGCCUCCAUGGAGAUAUGCGUGAAAGGUUACAUAGAGCACCUUUAAAAUUAAUGCUGUGCAAGACUAGAUUUGUGGCAGCGCAUGAUAAAGUUCUGGUUACUGUUGGAGUGAAUGUACGCAGCACAAUAUUAAAGUCUCCAUCCAUCACUGAUUGCAACCUCAUUUUGACUAUUGUGUGUGAAAUGCAUAUUUUUAACUAAAGUAAUAAAGCUGUUAUGCAUACAAA